AUGCAUUUCCAUCUGCUAUAUGUUGUCAUUGACAAUAUAAAAUAUAUUUGCUAUGUUAUAGCACCUACGCUCAGUUUUGUUUACUUGGUUACAAAAUUCAUCAAUCCCGAUUCUUUAGAGCUGUUGCUGCAAAAUUUCCAAGUUCAAUUAUUUUCACAACCAUUUUGUGAAUCACGGCCCAAUGAGUGUGCAAUGACUGGAGACAAGAUUCUUUGUAAAUAUUUCAAAUACUAUGAUAUGGUAUAUUAUAGGUAUUAUCUUAUUGCUCAAUGGGAUAGAUGUAUAUUAUACACGUUGCAAACAUCUUGGAUGAAAUGGUUAGCAUUAUAUCUCGGCAGUAAAGAUAUUAGUGAUGAAAAAAUUUGGGAGAAAUGGCUAGAAACAUUAGAGAUAGUACUUGCGAUAAUGAAUUCAAUCACUUUGUAUACUAUUAAAAGGUUGGUUGUUUCAAAAAUGUGGCUAUACUUUAUCUUUAGUACCAUACUUGCCGUGAGUAAACCAUGGGCAGUUGUAGCAAAUAAAUUACAAAUAGUAUUACGUACGACAAAUAAUGUUUUCUAG